AUGAGUAAACCAAAUAACACAUAUGAAUCUACCAUUGAUGACUUUACUUAUUCAAGUAGUCUAGUUAGAAUUCUUGCAUUAAAAUAUGAUUCUUUUAUUUCUAAUUUGAUUAAAUCACCAGAACAAAUUCAGAUAAAAGGUAUUGAACAAGAUGAGGAUUAUAUUGAAUUUAAAUAUCACUACCAAAAACUCAGUAAUGAAAGAAAAAAAGAGUUAAUUGAUACAUUUAAAACACAGGUCUAUUUAUCUAAUUUAGCUUCAUUACCAUUAGAGAUUUCAAUUAAAGUAUCUUUACAAGAGUAUUAUAACAAUACUUUGAAAGUGAUUAGAGUUUCAAGUAUAUUAAAAGGAACUUAUCAAAUCAAAAUUCCUAUAGGAUAUGAUUCUCCAAAUCCUAUAUUCUUUGACUCAGUUACCAUUAAAAUUGAUGUACAGUAUCCAGACGAUUGGGCAUGUGAUGGUUUGGAUAUUAUUCAUUACGUCUCAGAUGAGGAACUUCAAAACAGGUCUUUUGUUUUCUUGUCUGGAAAAACACUUUCUCUUGCAAGAUUCAACAAAGAAAUGAUAGUACCCGGUUAUGGACUUCGUUCAAAAAAAGGUACUGGAAAGCUAAUUUUAAAAUCUAAAACUAAAGCACCAGACUACUCUAAUAGUUCUUCAUGUAAAACUCCAACUGCAACAAAUACCAAAAGUGUAAAUCAUCCAUUAAAUGAAAGUGGUACUAUAACACAAACACAAAAAACAAAUGGUAAUUCGGAUAAACCAGGGUCAGUUGAAAUAAAAAGUAGUGUUAGUGUCUACCCUCAAACAAAUAAAAAUAAUGAUCAAGACAUUAAACAUUUACCUGAUGGUGCUGCUAUAUAUGAAGUAGAUAAGUUUAAAGAUGAAGUUAAGAAAAACCACAAGACUUAUUAUAUGUUCACUUUAAAAGACUUCUUUUUGAAAUUAAAGAUAAAUGUUCAUACAGAUUAUCACAAAGAAAUAAAUAAUAAAGAAUGUUUUAAAAAAAUAAGAAUCGAGGAUGAAACUGUUUUAUAUGAUGUUCUUUUUGGUGGUGCUUUUGAUACAAAGGAAGAUGCAAUGGAAUUUCUAGAUGCUAAAUUAUUCAAAGACUUCAACCUAAAACAAAGUCUUGAUGAAGGUAAAGCUGUGUCUGGUGAUGAAUAUGCCGUUUUAGAAAAACAUUACUUUGAAACAGAAUUUGGAUUUAUUCCUCUAGUUUAUCCUAUUCCAAAGGAGUACAGAAAGCAAGAAUACAAGUUUUUUGUAUUUUUUAAUUAUCUCCACCCAUCUAACGAAAUUUAUCCAGUUCUUAUACGUAAAUUGGAGAAUUAUUAUUAA